CAAGUCGGAGUAGCACGCAAAUGAAAAGCGAUUUUCCCUGUCAUGGGGUGGAAAACGGGGGUAAAUCGUUAAGGUGUCAAAUGGCAUGGUCUCCGAAUGGUCCGGAAAGGUCAGAGUGGCAAAUCCCCCAGUAAAAAAUUGCGAAAAACCGAUCCGGAUGCUUCACAUAAUGUGAUGUUUACAUCACAACCGCGUUGUUCGGUUCACAAGCGAAAUCUGUACAUUGUGUCGUUUCCCGUCAUAUUCCUGUUUACCAUUUUGCGCUCAUUGUUGUACCAGAUUUUCGUCAUCCUGCGUUUUAUCUAUUGUCGCUCCACGAACUACUUGGUCCGCAGUCGUAAUGAGCCAGCAGGCACCGACCAGACCGAGACCAGCAGUUGCAUUUUAGUUGAAGAAGGCACGGAAAUGGCACAGGUGAGAAGCACGGGGCCCGGCCCCGGGGACCCCCUUUUGGCCAAGCAGAAGCACCAUCAUCGGCGGGCCUUCGAGUACAUUUCUAAGGCCCUGAAAAUCGAUGAGGAGAACGAAGGUCAAAAGGAUUUGGCAAUUGAUCUGUACCGAAAGGGGAUCACGGAAUUGGAAUUGGGGAUCGCCGUUCAAUGCUGGGGCGGCCGUGGGGAAGUGUGGGAGCGCGCCCAACGGCUACACGAAAAAAUGAAAACUAACCUAUCGAUGGCAAAGGAUCGACUGCAGUUUUUAGUUCACUUUUUCAGUUGCUCUGUAUUUAUAGACAACAUGGACAAUCUUCAGCAACUACAAAUGAAGACUGAUCAUAACGACACUCCUAAGUUUAGCAAUAUUCCCACUCCUAAAGUAUUUGUUCAUAGGCCCCCAGCCUCUGGCCGGAAACUGACAGUGGCAAGUAAACGACCCACCAAUUCCACCCUGUCCAAGAGCCAGACGCUGCCGCGAUCAAUGGGCUCUCGAUCAGCGCCCGUUCAACCAGUGCGCCCCUUCAACAAGAUCUCCUCAACGCCUCCCGCUGUCAAGAAACAGCUUAGUAUCCCGGGCAAUGUCGGGUCCCCGGCCCGACGCCUCAAUAACAGCAACAACAUUAACGCAGGGCCUUCAAGCAAGCCGGGCACACGCGGGCGGUCCCCCACGUUAAAGGGCGUCGACCCGAAGCUCGCCCAGUGCAUUCUGGAUGAGAUUGUGGAAGGGGGCCCGCAGGUCCAAUGGGAGGACAUUGUGGGCCAGGAAACGGCCAAGCAAGCCUUGCAGGAGAUGGUAAUUCUGCCCUCGUUGCGGCCUGAGCUGUUUACUGGCUUGCGGACCCCCGCUAGGGGCUUGCUCCUGUUUGGACCUCCGGGCAAUGGAAAGACUUUACUGGCCAGGGCUGUUGCCACUGAAUGUCAGGCGACGUUCUUCUCAAUCAGCGCCGCCAGUCUGACGUCGAAAUAUGUGGGCGAUGGGGAGAAGAUGGUGCGGGCGCUGUUUGCCAUCGCCCGCGAGCUCCAGCCCUCAAUAAUUUUCAUCGAUGAAGUGGACUCGCUUCUUUCCGAACGGUCCAACAACGAGCACGAGUCCAGUCGGCGCCUUAAAACCGAGUUUUUGGUUGAAUUCGACGGACUUCCCAGCAAUCCCGAAACUGAGAGGGUGCUGGUGAUGGCUGCGACCAAUCGGCCCCAAGAACUAGACGAGGCAGCUUUGCGCCGCUUUACCAAACGCGUCUACGUCACGCUGCCCGAUCUAGAAACGCGCAUAAAGUUGCUCAAGAAACUGUUGUCCAAACAGGGCUGCAGCCUCACUCAGCAGGAGCUGAAAAGACUGGCCACUUUGACUGAGGGCUACUCGGCCAGCGAUUUGACCGCCCUUGCCAAAGACGCCGCCUUGGGGCCGAUCAGAGAACUACAGCCCGAACAGGUGAAGCAACUGGAUCCCAACGCCGUUCGUAGCAUCACCAUGGCGGAUUUCUUGGACUCGCUAAAGCGGAUCAGGCGGAGCGUGUCGCCGCAUAGUCUGGUGGCUUAUGAGAAGUGGUCGCUUCAGUAUGGAGACGUUUCAAUAUAACCAUUCCCCUACUUUUGUUAUUUAGGUGUCUUAGAUUAUUUUUUGUCUGUGAUAGUUACAGUUUGAGUUCAGGUUCGAGGCUUCUUGCCUGGACAAAUGUAUUAGCGGUUUCUUGAUGUCCAGGAUUAUUCGAAAAUUUACGUAGUUGUAGUUAGAGCGUUCUCCAAUCUGUGCUCGCGCAGUAAACUAGUGGAUUUGUUACUUUUGCCAAGUUUCUAGAGCGUGUUCAGUUGCAAAGUUUUAAUGCCAUGUAUUUUACGUUUUAACCUGUUAAUCUAGUCUAGCUUAGGGCUUUCUGUUCUGUUUAAUUUCAUUUUUGAUGUGACUUUUCGGACCAAGAUAAGGAAAAAUCAAUCGAUUUUGCUGAAUGCUUCUUUUCUAUUGGAAAUAAAGUUUUUUAAAACAA